AUUACAAGGCGAGGAUACGAGAACGGAUGAUUGCAAUCAAUGUGUACGCGGAUUAUAGUGUGAGACACGGAUCUUUUUGAUUGUGUUUGAUUUUUCGAGGAUCUUUAAAGAAUCAGCACAUUUGACGAAAAUGAUUUUACGCUAUGUCAUAUUGAUGGUUUUUAGCUGGCCGCAAAUAAGAUGGACAGAAGGCGUCAACUUAAAAAGUGAGGAGAUUUUCGAUCAACUCGCAACUGCGUCAGAGAAUAUAGUAGAGGCUGCAAAACAUUCAAACUCGGAUUCAAAAAAUUCUCAAGAGCAGAUCUCGCGCAUAUACUCAUCAGAAAGCGCAACGGUACACUAUGAAAAUUCCAACGGCUUUGUACCUAUGGUAUCGUCUCCGUCGUACAACGAUCCUGAUUCGUACGACUCAUCGUUAGAGACCAAUGAGUCAGAGCAAGAGAAUCAGUCUGAAGAGAGAGGAGAUGCCAGGAAUGCUGUAAGUGCUCAAGACAGUUUGGACGUGAGGGAGAAAAAAUUUGAGGAAGAUUUAGCGUAUUCCUCGGAAGCGAGGAUCUUCUUGAAUUAUCCUGGAUCAUUGACGAAUCGUAGGUCUUUCGGUUUCCAGGAAGGGCGGUCAAAUGAAUUCGAGUUGCUGAAGGUCAACAACGACACUCCCGCGGUGGCUAAUUACCAGGAAUUUUACAAGAACGUACACAGCACGGUGAAUACCGAGACUGAUAGCGAACCUGACGCGUCUUUUUCAGAACAUUCAAAUGAAGGAAAAGAAAAAAAAAGAAAAAAUUAUGCGCACAAUUAUGGUCAGCAGUCGCAGCAAACUAAUGACAAAGAUCCCUAUGCACAAUACUCGUACAACGAUGCGCAAGAUAUGAAAAAAAUUACUUAUGAACAAGAGAAAGUUGCUGAUAAUCAUCAAAAUACCGCGAACUACGACAAUCACAGACAGAAUGCAGCGACAGUCUCGUCAUCAAGGACAAAUUAUCAGGUCAAUGAACUAACGCAUAGCGGAACUUACGACAAUAUAGCGGAAUCGUCGAGAACACAUUAUCAAUUCAAGCCGGUCGUGGUCGCUGAGUCGAGCAAUUAUAAGACGGACAUGAACAGCGGCUCGGAUACAGCCUUGGAGAACUUGAAAUCUUCCAAUUCGGAGACAUUAAAUCACUAUCAAGUUUAUAACGACAAUAAUAGGCAGCGCAGUUAUCAUCGCACGGAGGAUUCCAAAAAUCUCUCGGACGAGAGUACAGAUUCCGAGUACAUCGAGCAACCAAGAGUGAGGGUGCAAAAGACUCGAAGACGUCCAUCUGAUUCUUCUAGGAAACUUCCGAAAGAACAUCGCGGCACAAUAAAUGACAGUACAGAAGAAAAUAAGCACAGCUCUUCUAAAGGAAGAUCACAGCAGUACAAGAUGAAGGCAAAUCCAUGGCUCAACGAUCCUAGUGCGAAUCAUGACGAGAGUGUCGAAGACGAUAGAUACGGUUUCAAAGGCGGUAAUGCAGAAACAAAAGGCUCCAAAGUACACAAUGGAUCCAGACAAAAAAUUGUCAAUUCAUGGAAUCAGAUUUCUCCAAGUUUCGAGAUCUCUCAAUCUAACAGAGCUGAAUUGAAUCAGAUGGAGAAGCCAAAGUUCUUGGUUAAUUUUGUACCCGUGGCAAACUUCGAUCAUGCGACCGCGUUAGGCAGUAGUCAAGGUUUUGACAUGUCUAACGCAGUUCUGCAAAAUGUUGCCACCGUCGCGCCAAUUGGAGCGUUUGGCACGACUGCUCCUCUCCUGAGCACUCCUCAACCUGACCUAGCACAGAAUUUGGCACAACUAUCGAAGAACUUCGUGAACUUGCAGAAUCUGGCGGUCUCCACGCCGCUGCCUGACAUUAUCGUCGGUCAAAAUACUUAUCAAAAUCCCGUACACACGGUACUGCUUUCUCAUUCAAACGAACAGAACAAGAAUACUCUAAAGACUUAUUUGCCAAGUACUAUGACACCGGUAUUUGCCUUAACGUCCAGUCUGAGCCCAGCAUUACAGAGAGUUCAAAACGUGCAGAGUAACAAUGUAACUCCGCGAACGACUUCUACUGUUAUUCAUCAGAUACCGAUUAAUCAAAUUCAUUCCGGUAUACAACAACUGUUAAUACCGCAACCGACUCUUCAAACAUAUCCGAGCUUUAUGCAAACGCCGCUUCAAGCAACUCAGAUCCAUGUAAAUCCUCACGGAAUGCAGGGUCAAAAUUUAAUACAUCACGGUAAUUUACAGAUACAAAGUUCGUCGACGGCGCCUACGCUAUUAUCUGGUCUCGGUCAAAUGUCGGAAAGCAGAAUCAACAUGGAGUCGCAGAAUAAAAAGAACACGUACUCACCUUCCGGUACAAACUUUCUGACCUCCGCAAGUUUAGGCGUUGGUCAGAAUGAACAGAAGCAACCGACUAACGUCAAUUCAUAUUAUCUAAAUCAGAAUACACAGCAGGUGCAACAUCAAGAAAUAAUGCCGACUAUACUGCAACCCAGUGCGACAUUAAACGGUAUAACUGUGAAUACUCAACAACUGAUUCCUCAACAAAACUUGCAAAAUGGCAAUCUGAUGCAACAUCCGCGCGAUCAGACGCAGCAGUAUGUCAAGCUACAAAGUAAUGGUGCGCAUGCUAUGCAGCAGUUGAAUAAACAGUUGAUAAAAAAUCAUAGAUUAGGCGCUAUCACGCUGCAAGCUGCUGACAACACGGUUAGUCAUUCGAACAACGUUGUGAAUGCGUUUGAUACAUCGUCAGGCAGCGCACAUCUUCCAAAUGUGGGCACUAGAAACGUCGAAAUCGUGAAUCCCAAUAUUAAGUCAAGUCCAAUUGAUACGACAUAUCAGACGAUGCACUAUCCGGCUGCUGUUCUGACAACGCCUAUUCCAAUUUUCAGUACGGUCACUCCAGUUAAUCCGCAGACCGUUGAUCUUCAGAAUUACGUGAAUUCUUUGACAGAAAACGGUAAUAAACUUAAGCAACUAAGCUCGGUGGAUAUCAAAACGUUGCAAAAUCAAGAACGACCGAUGUUCAAUCCCAUUAAUUUUGUCCCGAAUGUUGACAUCAUUAAAGAUCAAAAUGCUCUCAACAAUAAGUUGCCGGCCCAAGAACCUAUUCAACAAGGUUUGAACUUGGUACCUGUCAUGCCUGGAGGAAAUUUCUUUAAACCGUCAUACGCGGCGCAAAGUGAAUUGAUUGUAAAACCGAAGCUGGCCUCGGAUUUGCAGAAUUACGCCGAGGAGAUGUUUAAAGAGUCUCUGAAGACGAUGUAUAACUCACAGAAGUGGAAUAAUGACAGAAAGCCCCAGGAGAACGGUCAGAACAGUCAGAAUGAUCUCGAAGCGAACGACUUGGCAAAGCUAAGACUUGAAAUGCAGAAACUGAGAGCUUCUUUGACGGAAUCCAAGAAUAAAGACAUUCUCGAGGCGCAUCAAAGUAUGCAAAACGUGUACGCAACUGAUGCGCCAAAAUCUUCAAGCGGUAAAAAGAAACCAGAUCCGCUACUAGCAACCUUGGAACAUUUGCUGAAAACUCGACCCCGUGGACCGAUACAUAUUUAUCAUGGCCCUGUUAAACCAGAUCAUAAACGUAAACCGGAAGAUUUGAGCUUCAAUUUCGACGAGUUCAAAGAUGGUAGCCGUAUAAGAGAAUUUCUCACACCACCAAAGUCGAAGCCUUUACAUUCGAAAAAUCCUUUUGACGACAAGCCGAAGAAACGACCAGGAUCCUUGAGGUUCAAAAAUAAUCCGAGAAAACCGGCAAGACCGAGCAAUUCGCCGCUUAAAUCCGGUAAACUAGAAACGUCUUCUAGUGAUAUACAUUUAUAUAUGGAUCCGGAUAACUUUGGCUAUGAUUCUAGGCAUCAGCCGUCCUUUGAUAGAUAUUCAGCAUUCACUACGGCAAAACCAAAUAUUGGUAAAAUUUUGAGAGAGAUCAAGUCCUUGAAAAAUAAUAACUAUGAUAUUAAUCAUCCCAGAAUGCAUAAUCUUCUUGGUUUGUUGAUGAAGAAUAAACAAUUACCAACCAGAAACACACAAAAUUAUUUUAACGAUAAGGAUCAGGUAAAAGAAUAUUUCGAAACCGAGAAGCAUCGACUAGAGCAGCAAUUUUAUAACAACGUCCUAAGGGAUUAUAUGAACAGGUCUGAUGUUGCGUCGCAAUCGGAUUCGGGUAUCAAUAAAAAAGUCUAUUCGGGGAACGGCAACGCGUAAAAUCUAUAAUCAAAAGUACAAGCGAGAUAUUUGAUCACGAAAUGCGUUUGUUGUAUCUGCACGUGAUUCAUAGAUUCGUUUGCAAAAUGACUAGAAUUAAGUAAUAAGUUUGUUUAUCUUAUUCGAUAAAAAAAGAAAAAUUUUUUCUUAUUUGCAUCGAUAAAAACUGUAUAAUAUCAGCAUUAAUUGAGCUAUGAAGAUUUAAUUAUAUAUAUAAGAAAUAAUAUUUUAUACGAAAGUUGAAAAAUUAAUCGUUAAUAUCGAAUGUUAGCACACACAAAACAUUCGGGUCGAGGGAAAAGGAAAAGCAUCGCUCAUGUGUAAGAUGCUCUAGAAAAUAUUAUAUGUACAUAUUAACUUAAAAGAAAAAUAUAUAUACAUCUUGUAA